UAAUUUCACUUAAAUCCAGAGCCACACUUGGUAAGGCUCAUGAAGCAGAUUUGAAGCCCCAAACAGCAGCGCUGGACUCUCUGUGCUAACAAACCCGGGGAGCCCACCAUGCAGUUCCUAGUCAAGGUCAUCCUCACCCUGUGGGUCUCCUGGGCUCGUGGACAAGUUAAGCCCUGUGAGUUUCCAGAAAUAAAACAUGGAAGCCUAUAUUAUGGAAACUGGUAUAGAUCACACUUCCCAGUAUCAGCAGGACAAUGGUUUCACUAUUCCUGUGAUGACAACUAUGUGACUCCUUCACAAACCAAGUGGCAUCGCUUAACUUGCACACAAGAUGGCUGGACCCCGGAAGUGCCCUGUCGCAAAAUAUGUUUAAAAUCGAAGGCAAAUAUUGAGAAUGGAUUUAUUGCUGAGUCUGAGUCUACAUAUCCCUUGAAUAAGAAAACAAAAUAUAAGUGCAAACAAGGUUAUGUCACAGAAGAUGGUCACACAUCCGGGUCUAUUACAUGUCUCCAGAAUGGAUGGUCAGCUCAACCCAGAUGCAUUAAAAUGGCCCUUAUUUCUCAUGCUGUAAUGUUGUGGGAGUCCUUAGGAAACUGUUUCCUGACCAUAUGCUUACCGUUUCCUUAUGCUCUCUUCCUUUUAGAAAUAUGUUUAAAAUCGAAGGCAAAUAUUGAGAAUGGAUUUAUUGCUGAGUCUGAGUCUACAUAUCCCUUGAAUAAGAAAACAAAAUAUAAGUGCAAACAAGGUUAUGUCACAGAAGAUGGUCACACAUCCGGGUCUAUUACAUGUCUCCAGAAUGGAUGGUCAGCUCAACCCAGAUGCAUUAAACUUUGUGAUUUGCCAAUAUUUGAGAAUGCCACAGUCAUAUUCACUGGCAAAGCAUUGCUACCCAAUGACACGUUGGACUACCAGUGCCUGGAUGGCUAUGAAAACAGAGAUGGAAAUGCCCUGGGUUCCAUGUUGUGUAGCGAGGACGGCUGGCUCCACUUGCCAACCUGCUUUAGUAAGUAUUUUGAAUCCAUCAUUUCCUUUUCCAAGAUACAAUUUGUUCUUCAACAUUUAAAAUGCUCUCCUAAAUAUGUAACCUGUAGUUAUGGAAAGUGGUCUGAAGUCCCGAGAUGCAUGGAUCCAUGUGUAAUAUCAGAAGAAAUCAUGAAUGAAAAGAACAUACAGUUAAAAGGGAAAGAUGACAAACCCUAUUAUGUAAAAACAGGGGAUAUCGUUGAAUUUAUGUGCAAAUCGGGACACAAGGCGGUGACGUCAGAGGAGUCAUUUCAAGCUGUGUGUCGGGAAGGGACAGUGAAGCUCCCCAGAUGUGAAUGAAGAAGCCCUGCGGCCCCAAAUACAUGGCCAGGCCCACCUACUGCUCUUCCUGCCUGAAAGCUUGCCAGGCUUCUGGCAUUUCCUGCUCUUUCCUGUGGAAGAUAUUUGCCUAAUACUUAGUUUUAUGUUCUUUUUUUUUAACCCUCAGAUGCAUGUGUAGUAUCAGAAGAAAUCAUGA